GGUGCUCUGCCUUCUCUUGCAGAUUUUCUGUUCCAGAGCUUCAGUUACAAGCUCAGAAAAAUGAAGAGUUAUGUCUAAAGCAAGACCUUUCUGAAGAGGUGGGGUGACAAAGAAAUUCUUAUGUGAGACUGGAGAAUUUUGCCCCUGGCCUUUCUCUUUAGCCUUUACUGGCUUCCGGUGGUCCUUCCUCCCUCUUGGGAACAGAGAGAGAUGGAAAAGCGCACGGGCAAAAAAAGGAAGACCCAGACCCCAAAGGAAGAAGUAAAUGUGCCAAAGGACACUUCCAAACAAGAGAAAGUGUCUGGGAACAGUCAGCCCAACAAGAGCUCCACUUUGGCUAAAAAGCCCAGUAAAGAGCCCGGCCUGAAUCCUGACGAUGAAGAACACAUAUUUGAUGACUUCGAUGCUUCAUUUAAAGAUGACUUUGAGGGCGUUCCUGUAUUCAUUCCUUUUCAGAGAAAGAAACCCCAUGAAUGCAGCAAAUGCGGACGCAUCUUUAAGCACAAGACAGAUCAUAUCCGCCACCAGAGGGUGCGUACUAGAGAGAAGCCCUUCAGAUGUGAUCGGUGUGGGAAGACGUUCAGGCACAGUUCCGACGUCACUAAGCACCAGAGAAUCCACACUGGAGAAAAGCCCUUUAAAUGCGGUGAAUGCGGAAAAGCCUUUAACUGCGGUUCUAAUCCCCUGAAACAUCAGCAAACUCACACUGGAGAGAAACCAUAUGAAUGUAAGGAAUGUGGGAAGACGUUUUUUGCCUACAGCUCGUGUCUUAUUCGCCAUUGGAAACAUCACCCGCGGAGGAAGCACUGAGUGUGGGGAAGCUGUCCGCCGAGCACCACCCUGGGCAGGCCUGUCCCUGUGGUCCCUUCUCAUUCAGCGUCUGAUUGAUGCCAGGUCCGUGAGAAAUGGGUUCGAUGCGCCU